GGUUCUUGUCCACUUGGAUCUGUUUUAACUCUCUCUCUCACAGCCAUAUUUCCAUCAUAAAUCCAUGCUUUAGUCUAUUUUCUGGAAACAUAAUCUCCAUCACUUACCAGGCAGAGAAGAAAUGAUGGAUCGUUACUCUUUCAUCAUGCAUCAGCAUAGAGAUGACACAGUCUGGUGUCCAAGCAAAAUAGAAGAGCAAAAUAUAACCCGUAUCUCAGAAUUCCACCUCAUGGGACUCUCAGAUGACCUGCAGCUUCAGCCCAUACUCUUUGGACUGUUCCUGUUCAUGUACCUGAUCACAAUGCUUGGGAACCUGCUCAUCAUUCUGACAGUCACCUCUGAUUCCCACCUCCACAGUCCCAUGUACUUUUUCCUCUCUAACUUAUCCUUGGCUGAUGUCAGUUUCACUUCCACCACACUACCAAAGAUGAUAGUGGACAUUCAGACUCGCAACAGAGCCAUCUCCUAUUCAGGAUGCCUGACUCAGAUGUCCUUUUUCAUGCUUUUUGGGUGUUUGGAUAGUCUGCUUCUAACCGCAAUGGCUUACGAUAGGUUUGUGGCCAUCUGUCAUCCUUUGCACUACCAGGCCAUUAUGAACCCCCGUCUUUGUGGCUUGUUGGUUUUUCUAUCUGUUCUAAUCAGCCUUUUUGUCUCUCAGCUGCAUAAUUCAGUAGUGUUACAACUCACCUACUUCAAGAGUGUGGAUAUUUCUCAUUUCUUCUGUGAUCCAUCUCAACUUCUCAACCUUGCCUGUUCUGAUACCUUUACCAAUAACAUAGUCAUGUAUUUUGUUGGUGCCAUCUCUGGUUUUCUCCCUAUCUCUGGGAUUUUUUUCUCUUAUUAUAAAAUUGUUUCCUCCAUUCUUAGAAUGCCAUCACCUGGUGGGAAAUAUAAAGCCUUCUCUACCUGUGGCUCUCACCUGUCAGUUGUUUGCUUAUUUUAUGGGACUGGUCUUGGGGUAUACCUCAGUUCAGCUGUCUCCUUGUCUCCCAGGAAGGGUGCAGUAGCAUCAAUAGUGUACACUGUGGUCACCCCUAUGCUCAACCCCUUUAUCUACAGCUUAAGAAACCGGGACAUAAAGAGGGCCAUGUGGCGGCUCCUCAGAAAAACAGUCUAAUUUCAGUACUUGUGCCAUUCAUUCUGUAUCC